UCCAACAAAAACCUGCGCAACGACCCGAACAAAAAAGAGGGAAAGCACAGCAGAGCUGCUUAGAUAGAGAAAGAGAGGGGUAUAUAUACACCCAAAGGAGGUUUUUUGAUCAAGAAAAGCUGAGGAAAGAUACAUGGGUAUGGACGAAGUCGGUAGUUAUGGGCUGUUGAAAGAUCUUAAACUGGAAUUUAAGGAUGUUGAAGAUAGAGCACAAAAUGGGGGUAUCACUUUGUGUUUCUGGCUUUACCUAAACAACCCCACUGCUCUCCCUUCUACAAUUCUUCAUCAGGCGCACCCAGAUAUUGCUUCCAAUGCUCCUUUCCUUUUAUUAGAUGAACAGAGUAGAAUCGUGCUUUUCCCAUUGAUUUUUCUACACCAAGAGGCUUCAAGCCCUUCCAAUGCCAUUUCCUCGAAGCAAAUUCCAUGUGCAUCUAACAAGAAUGAAUUCCCUGUGAAGAAGUGGGUUCAUAUUGCAUGUGAGAUCUCGCAAGUUAAUUUGCGACUUCACAUUGAUGGGGAGAUUGUUGGAGAGAGGCCUUUGACUUCCUCUCUUAAUGAUGAUUUGCAUUCCGAUGUUUCAAAGAAGGUAUCUCUAUGUAGCAUAACGGGAAAUGAUGAUGGGUUGCAAGGUUAUGUACAUGGCGUAGAACUCUUCCAUCAAGACUCAUCUAUUCGAAGUCACUACCUUAAGGACAGUCCACUACAACUAUCUAUUGAUAGUUCAAGUGCCUAUGAAAUUGACGAAUACAGUGAUGGUGUAUGGAGCAUUGUUGGUGGGAAGGCAUCUUGUCGCAAGAAUUUCUCGCUAGACGUUAUGUUACUUGAUGCCCUUGGCAGGCCUGCAAACAAAGAACUGGAGGUUUUUGCUUCACUUGUAUAUGCUGAUUCUGAGGCACCCGUUGAGAAGCCGCCUGAUGGUGAGGCUCCACUUCUUACAAGUUAUGAUGGACUUGAAUUUGAUUCAUCUGAUAGACCAAGCAAAAUGAUUCAGGGCCGUGCUUCCUUCAAGCUCAAGAUAUCUCAGCUCUCAUCCAAGUCUGAUAAUAGGCUCUUCCGCAUUAAGUUUGGCAUUCAAAAAACGGGUAGAUAUCCUUUCCUUGAGGCGUUGUCCAUACCAAUCCGAUGUAUAUCUCGGAGCCGUACCUCAAGGCCAUCUUCUGUAACAAGGAAAAAGUCACCGUCUUCUAUCCAUUUAUUAAAUAGAUCUCAAUCUCCUGGGUUGGAUGGUGGAUUGCCCGAGGUUCUGCAUAACAUUGUUCAUGAAGCAAAGCAGAGCCCUUCGUCAAAGCGGGUCAAAUUAGGGCAAGAGAAAUCACUCGCAGUUUUGAAGGAUGAUUGUAUAUUGAAGGAAGCCGAUGAGGAAUCAAAAUCUCAUAUGUGGACUACUAAUGAGGACAAUAAUAAUGCAUAUAAGACUGGUGCUGUGGGGAGGCCAGAGAGUCGUGAUGGAGCAGAAAACUUCUCAUCUGAUUCAGAGAACAGCGAAGCAACAAAUUCAGUCCCGGGCAACUUUUCUCCUCACAAAGGUCCAAUUUCAGAUCUGAUUGUUUUCAAAUACUGCCUCGGUGGCCUCAGUGAGAGGUGUCUUUUGCUAAAGGAAAUUGCGAUUACUUACAAAGAAGAAGCGCUCGGUAGCUUUGCUGAGCAGGUUUCUUUGUUCUCGGGAUGUUCGCAUCACAGGCGUCAAAUACUGAUCUCCAAGAGACUUAUUGAGGAUGGUAUAAAGUGUUGGAGCUUUAUAUCGAGAAAUAGCCACAACGUCCUCUGGGAUAACCUGGUAACGGGGCUUCAGGACCAUUUCAUGAAGUUAACAUUCUGCGCAACCAGAUCCUUAACAAGACAGGAUUUUGAGAUUUUGAGGAGAAUAGCCGGUUGUCAAGAGAUGGUCUCUCAAGAAAACUUUGAAAAGAUGUGGUGCUGGCUUUAUCCGGUUGCUUUUACGUUAUCUCAGAAGCAGAUGAACUCGUUGUGGAGUUCUUUGUCACCCAAGUGGAUGGAAGGAUUCAUUACAAAAGAAGAAGCGGAGUCUUCCCUGCUACGCCCCGGAGGUGUUCAAGCCCCGGGAACUUUUAUAUUGCGUUUUCCAAUUUCAAGGAGCUGGCCCCACACCGAUGCUGGUACUCUGGUAGUCACUUACGUCGGCAGUGACUAUUCCAUUCACCACAGGCUAUUAUCUCACGAAUCUGUUUACUGCUCCAAAGAAAUGACAGGGAAACCUCUACAAGAAAUGCUGCUCGAAGAGCCUGAAUUGUCCCGAUUAGGAAGGACUGUUAGAAGUCAAUAGUUGGUUGAGUUUAAACUUAUGUAUGUAUACAUAUAGUCAUCUCCCGAGUUGGAUUGCCUAUACAUACAGCAUUCUUAAAGUCUCCAUCUGAUGUCCAGUCCAGUCCAGUCUGUUAAGCUCAGCUUAAAUGCAGAAAA